CGGCCGGCGGAGGGCGGAGGGCGGCGGGAGGGAAGCCGCGUCCGCGCCGCCGAGCCCGCCGCCCGGGAGCAAGCAGAGUCGCGCCGCCCCCCGCCGCCCGCGGCCGAGCAGCCCCGCGCCCCCAGCCGCCGCGCCGCCCCCCGCCGCUGGAUGCCGGCGGCCGGCGGCCGAGAGGCAGGGGCGCGGGCCCGAGCGCUAGCGCCGCCAUGCCCGGCUCCCCCGGCCGGCCCGACGGCGGCGGCGCGCCCGGGGCGGCGGCCGGCGGGGACCCCAGCUCGGGACCCCUGCCCGAAGGCGCCGAGGAGGCCGCGCCUGCGCCCGACGACGCGGCUGCCGUGCUCCGCCUGGCCCUGGACCAGCUCUCGGGGCUGGGGCUCGGGGGCGCGGGCGGCCAGGACGAGGAGGGGGCGGCCGCGGACGGCGGGGCGGCGGCGGGGGCCGCGGACGGCGGGGCGGCGGCGGGGGCCGCGCCCCUCGACGGGCCCGAGGCGGGCGUGCCGCUGCCGCCGCCGGAGCCCGACGUGAGCCCCCCGCCGCCGCCGCCGCCGCCGCCCCGGCCGCCGCCGCCCGAGGUGUUUGCGGGCUUCGCGCCCCACCCCGCGGCCCUGGGCCUCCCGACUCUGCUGGCGGAGCAGAUGAGCAUGGUCGGCAGCCGCAGGAAGAGCGUGAACAUGACCGAGUGCGUGCCCGUCCCCAGCUCCGAGCAUGUCGCCGAGAUCGUGGGUCGCCAGGGGUGCAAGAUCAAGGCUCUACGCGCCAAGACGAACACAUACAUCAAGACGCCGGUGCGCGGGGAGGAGCCGGUCUUCAUCGUGACGGGUCGCAAGGAGGACGUGGAGAUGGCCAAGCGCGAGAUCCUGUCGGCUGCCGAGCACUUCUCCGUGAUCCGUGCCACGCGCAGCAAGGCCGGUGGGCUGCCCGGUGCCACGCAGGGCCCGCCCAACCUGCCAGGACAGACCACCAUCCAGGUGCGUGUGCCCUACCGUGUGGUGGGGCUGGUGGUGGGGCCCAAGGGCGCCACCAUCAAGCGCAUCCAGCAGCGGACGCACACAUAUAUCGUGACGCCGGGGCGCGACAAGGAGCCGGUGUUCGCUGUGACCGGCAUGCCCGAGAACGUGGACCGCGCGCGCGAGGAGAUCGAGGCGCACAUCACACUGCGCACCGGCGCCUUCGCCGACACCGGCCCGGACAGUGACUUCCAUGCCAACGGCACCGACGUGUGCCUGGACCUGCUCGGGGCGGCCGCCGGUCUCUGGGCCAAGGCCCCCAACCCAGGGCGGCGUCCCCCAGCGCCCGCGGCCGCUCUCCGCGGGGACGGGACCCUGGGCGCCCCGGGGGGCCCCGACGCCUUCUACGCAGGUAGUCGCGGGGGCCCGCCUGUGCCGGACACAGGCCCCGCCAGCCCCUAUGGCAGCGCGGGCAACGGGGGCUUCUCCUUCGGCGGUGACGGCCCGGGGGCCCCAGAGGACUGCGACUUCGGCUUCGACUUCCUGGCGCUGGACCUGACGGUGCCCGCCACCGCCACCAUCUGGGCCCCCUUCGAGCGGGCCGCGCCCCUGCCAGCCUUCGGCAGCUGCUCGGCGGUGAACGGGGCACCCGCGCCAGCGGCCCCGGGUGCCCGGCGCAGCAGUGGGGCUGGCACGCCGCGACACUCGCCCACACUGCCCGAGCCAGCCGGCCUGGGCCUGGAGCUCCCACUGGCACGCCGCAGCGCCCCGGACCCGGUGGGCGCUCUGCCCUGGCGGCCCACGCAGGGCUCGCUGGCGUCCUUCCCGAGCAGCGCCAGCUUCCCCGCGGCCGCCUCGCUGCCCAGCGGCUCCUCGGCCUCCCCGUGCGCGGCCCUGGACCCCAGCGCCCCGGACGGCGGCCGCAAGCCCCCGGCAGCCCCCGGCGCGGCCUCGGUGCGGGAGUGCGUGGUGUGCGCCGAGGGCGAGGUGAUGGCCGCGCUGGUGCCCUGUGGCCACAACCUCUUCUGCAUGGACUGCGCCGUGCGCAUCUGCGGCAAGAGCGAGCCCGUGUGCCCCGCGUGCCGCACGCCCGCCACCCAGGCCAUUCAUAUCUUUUCCUAGCAGGGCCGGGGCCGGCCGGGCGGGCGGGCAGCGGGGCGCGGGGGCCAGUGCGCACAGGCGAGCUUUUACUCCUGUCCCAGGCGUGCAGACGGCGGUGCCCGCGGCCUCUCAACCCAUAGCCAAUGACAGUAUUGAGUGGACAGGUUAAAAUAAACCACAGAGAGAAACUCCGCCUGCACUUUUUAUUUAAGACCCCACCCCACUCCCCUGGGGGAUCUUUUUAAGAGAAAAACACAAACGCGAUUUUUACAGCUCCGCAGCCGUUUUGUACCCGGCGGAUUUCUGAUUUGACAGUGUUUUCACCUUGGCCUGCAGCUGCAGCCUCAGCAGAAACUUGCAGAGAGAGGGUGCGGCCACGCCUAGCCCCUCUUGGAGCCGGCGGCUGCCCUUUGGGGAGGGACCCGGCCCAGGCCAGAGGCGGGCGGGCGGCGAGGGACGUCCGCUCGGAAAUUUCUAACUGGUUUUGUUUUUAAUUAUUAAUUCCCUUCUGCUGUGGUUUCUGUUGUCAGAUUUUACAUUU